UGAAAGUCGAGUCGGAUUCUCUGAGCAGCGCUGUCGGAUUCUCCUCAGACCUUUCCUUGACCUCGUGACGUUUUCCACUGAGGUCACGGAAUAGUAGAGAGGAAGGAAAAUUCGACCUCACCCCAAUGGCCGACAUAAGGCCGACAUAAUCACCGACGUCGCCGUUUUAAUGACGUAUUUAUGUAACUUCCGGAAAUACACAGCGACCGGAAGCGAAACUUAGGCUGAGGGCGCCCAGUUCGACUUUGCAGCGAGCACCAGGGGGAGGCGGUGAAGACAUUCCUGCCGCUGACCGACUCCCCUCUCCGGCUAAUGGAGUACGGAAAAGAGCUGGUGGUGGCGCUGGUCGACAUGGACUGCUUCUACGUCCAGGUGGAGCAGAGGCUGAAUCCAGCUCUGAGCGGAACGCCCUGUGUGGUGGCCCAGUACAAGACGUGGAAGGGAGGCGGUAUCAUAGCUGUGAGCUACGAGGCCCGGGCCCAUGGGGUCACCAGGAACAUGUGGGUGGACGAUGCAAAGAAACUGUGCCCAAACCUCCAGGUGGCGCGGGUGCGUGAGUCUCAUGGCAAGGCGGACUUAACACAUUACAGGGAUGCGAGUGUGGAGGUGAUCGAGGUGAUGUCUCGCUUCGCUGUGAUCGAGAGAGCCAGCAUCGACGAGGCCUAUAUGGAUCUGACUGCUGCGAUCCAGCAGCGGCUGAAAAACAUGGCCGACGAACAGAUGGCGCCUCACCUGCUGAGAACGACCUACAUCCAGGGGUACCCACAAAGCUCACCAGAGCUGGAAGCAUCUGCAGAGGAUUCCGUCUUGGAUAAAGAGGAGCUGAGGUCCAGAGGUCUCCAGCAAUGGCUGGCAUCCUUACCGGUCCAUGUGUCAGGGGAGCAGAGUUCUGCAGAACUGCAGCUGACCGUGGGGGCGCUCAUCGUGGAGGAAAUGAGAUCAGCCGUGGAGAAAGACACCGGUUUCCAGUGUUCAGCGGGGAUAUCCAACAAUAAGGUACUGGCCAAACUAGCCUGCGGACUGAACAAACCUAAUCGACAAACCGUUCUGCCUUUGGACUCUGUGGCAGAACUUUUCAACUCUCUACCCAUCGGCAAGAUCCGUAACCUGGGGGGUAAGCUGGGUGCCUCCAUCACCGGAACUCUGGGAAUAGAGAACAUGGGAGAUCUGACUCGCUUUUCUCAGGCCCAGUUGGGACAGCACUUCGGAGAAAAAACAGGCCAGUGGCUGUAUGACUUGUGCCGGGGGAUUGAGUUUGAAGCAGUGAAACCCCGACAGCUUCCUAUGUCGAUCGGCUGCAGUAAGAACUUCCCUGGCAAAACAUCACUGGCUACGAAGGAGCAGGUACAGCACUGGCUUCAUCAACUGGCUCUUGAGCUGGAGGAGAGGCUGACCAAGGACAGAGAAGUGAACGGUCGAGUGGCUAAGCUGUUGACAGUUGGCGUGCGUCAGCUUGGUGACAAGAGGCCGAGCAGCUUCUCUCGUUGUUGUGCUUUGGCGCGCUACGAAGCGACCAAAAUAUCAAGUGACAGCUUUGCCAUUAUUAAGAGUCUCAACACGGCAGGACACCACCAGGCCACAUGGAGUCCACCCCUCACCCUGCUUCACCUUUCAGCAAGCAAAUUCAGUGAUGCUCCAUCGGCAGGGGGGAUCGCUGGUUUCCUGUGCGGUGAUGUCACUUCAACCCAGAGCCUUUUCUCCACCACUCAGUCCUCCACUCAGUCCUCCACCCAGCCACCCUCUGAACUGAAAAAGGACUCGGCGUGCAAACAACCUGGCACUAUACAGUCCUUCUUUCAAAAGGCGGCCGAGAAACAAAGACAGAAGGUAACGAAAGAAGAUGACGAGGAGGAGGACGAUGAAAUUGGAGUCUCCACGGGAAGUCUCCCUUGUUCCUCCACCUCUCGCAAAGCACCUGGAACUGAUAGUCGGUUGGACACAGAUACCAACUGCCUCACUUCUUCUUCCUUCACAGUUUCCCCUCACUCUAAAAAUGGUUCCACCAGCCCCCGUCGUGGCAUUUCCUCUUUCUUCCACAAAAAGAUUCUUGAAAGAAGCGAACAGGCCUCAGCUUCGACGCUGAGCAGGCCGGAAACACGACUCAGACCUGGGAGUGUCGAUAAAAUAGAAGAUUUUGAAGACACUGUUGAUGUAAAGUCGGGCCUCCAGGUAAAACCUAGCUCAGAGUUUACAUCUUCACCAUGUGAAGAGGUUAAGGAUAAACUGGGCAUUGAUCCUCCUCCCAGUGUGAACAGAGAGGACCUGUUAAACUGUGAACGCUGUGGCCAGGAGGUGUCAGUCUGGGAAAUGCCUGAACACAAUGACUAUCACUUUGCCCUGGACCUUCAGAAUUCCCUCUCUUCCUCUACGAAUUCAGCCACUGCCUCUACGUCCUCCUCCUCCUCUCCUUCCUCUGCAUCUCCUCUAACAGUGGGAGCAGCAGGCACAGCCCAGUCCACCCGGGGCAAGACAAAAACCAGAGGCCAGUCGGGACCACAACCCAAAAGACAACGCCCGCAGGGUGGAAGUACGGCCACUCUGGAUUCCUUUUUCAAGAGGAACUGAAGAUGUGAUGCAGAAAAGCAUUUUUAGAUGAAAUAAAAUGAUGGUAAUAUUUGUGUGUGAAGACGAUGUGAUUUGCUUUUAAGAAUGAAAAGCCAUAUUGUAAUGGGAUACAGUAAGAGUUGAUUUAUAUGCAUCUUAAAAAGCUUUAUAUUACAAUAAUGUGUACAAAUUAAAGUGUUCUUGUACAUUG